CCCACGGAAGACCGCUGAUCGCCCCUACAGGAACUCACUCUGCCCAGGCGGACCCCGGGGCGGGGGCCGAGGGCGCCCCCGGCAGCAAGGGCAUGCUCGGCCCGCGGCAUGGCCUCGGCGGUGUUUGAGGGCACGUCGCUUGUGAACAUGUUCGUGCGCGGCUGCUGGGUGAACGGGAUCCGCAGGCUUAUCGUCAGCCGGCGUGGCGACGAGGAGGAGUUUUUCGAGAUCCGCACGGAGUGGUCGGACCGCAGCGUGCUCUAUUUGCACCGCAGCUUCGCGGACCUGGGACGCCUGUGCAAGCGCCUCCGCGACGCCUUCCCCGAGGACCGGCCGGAGUUGGCGCGCGCACCACUGCGGCAAGGGCUGCUUGCCAUCAAGGGUGCACAGGACAUAGAGACCAGGCUCAAUGAGGUUGAGAAGCUUCUGGAGAUGGUCAUCAGCAUGCCGUGUAAGUAUUCCAGGUCUGAGGUUGUGCUCACCUUCUUCGAAAGAUCGCCUCUGGACCAGGUGUUAAAAAAUGAUAAUGUCCAUAAAAUUCAACCCAGCUUUCAAAGUCCUGUCAAAAUAUCAGAAAUCAUGAGGUCCAAUGGAUUUUGUUUGGCAAACACGGAAACAAUUGUCAUUGACCACAGCAUACCCAACGGGAAGGACCAGCAACUCCUGGAUGCGGAUUCCACAGAGCAUUUGUUUGAGAAUGGUGGUGAGUUCACCUCAGAGCUGGAAGAUGGUGAUGACCCAGCAGCUUAUGUCACCAACUUGUCCUAUUACCACCUGGUUCCAUUUGAGACAGACAUUUUGGAUUGAGCCUCUCCAUCAGGCCUUCUCUGCUUCAGUCUGCAUGACCUCAUGCUGUCCACUGUGCGGCCCCAAGGGCUAAAGCUGCUGCUCAGCCUGGGUCCCCCACACCCCCAGGGUCCUGAGGUUCAUCAGGCCUGAGUGUCCUGAGAGUGGAGGCACAGAGCCUCUAGAUAACUACAGGCUAACCCCAGGUCUCCAGCAACAGGAGUCCAUGUGUCCUGCAGCUCUGAUGGGCCUUCUACUUGCACUGGGCCCCUCCAGCCUGUCUCUUUUCCUGGGGAACACUGUUUUCAUGCAAGCCAUGCUUCCUCUUGUUCUCACUGCCUACUCGAGGGGAGCAUUCCUCUUGGUCACAUGACCCUGACUCCCCACUUUUCUCUCGUGUGUCAAAGGCACAUAGCAUUCCAAGAGGAUUUUUGAUGAGUCGCCAAGUUCUGGACCUUGUGGACAGGGGAUAUUAAGUGAGUCGGGACUUCCUUGAGAAGAAGAAUGUGUGGCUUUUUCCCCCCUUUACAUCUCCUCCCUGGAAGCUAGCCUUGGGGUUAGCUGGAAGGAGUGUUUGCACAGCAUCAAGCCUGAAGAGGAGCGCUGGCUUCGGGGAAGAGACCGCAUUCACAGUCAUGUGCAUAGGAACCCAGUGUAAAGUUUCCUUCCAGAGAAGAGAGCUCCUUCCUGUCUGCCAGCACCUGUCAGCACUCUGGCAGGCCAUGGUGACGCAGUCACCACAGCCUAGGGUGCUUCAAGUCCCUCCCCUGGUGCACUCAGUGGCCUAAGUGCCAGGAUGGAUUAAAAAGGAAGGGAUAGGGAGA